AUGAUUGAGACACUGAUCAGCAUUGCAUUUUGCAUAUCCAGCGCCUUGACAGUGCUGAUACUGUUGCUUCCAUCGCAACAUAUACCAUCGCGCUCAACCGUCGGACAGGAAGAAAAGCCGAAACCGACGGUACAGAUUCUUGUCCUGGGAGACAUUGGGCGAAGCCCGCGCAUGGAAUAUCAUGCUCUUAGCAUUGCUAAAAAGGGGGCAAAAGUGACCAUCAUUGGGUAUCAAGGUGAGUUUUUUUUGGUCAAUGUUGCAAGAGUGCAGAAUGUUACUAAGCUCCCUAUCAUAUUGUUAGAGUCCGAUCCGCACCCCGAUAUCAUCUCCAAUCCUAAUAUCUCGAUUGUCCCCCUGCAUCCACACCCGGGUAUCUUGCAAACCAGUAACAAGUUGCUGUUCUUGAUAUAUGGACCUCUGAAAGUGCUUUUCCAGAUUGUGUGCCUCUGGAGAUGCUUGGCCUACACAACCUCACCAGCACGCUGGCUUGUAGUCCAGACCCAGCUAGUGAUUGAUUGGCAUAACUUUGGAUACUCGAUUCUAGCGCUAAAACUCGGAUCACACCAUCCGCUGGUGAGAUUGUCGACCAAGUACGAGAAGAUAUUCUGCAAAUUUGCUUCAGCCCACCUGUGCGUUACCGAUGCUAUGAGCGCAGUGCUCAAAAAGGAUUUCCAACUCCAAGUUCCUAUACUACCUCUGCAUGACCGCCCAGCCAAUCACUUUCACCCCAUUCCCGACGCAGAAGAGCGAACCAGGUUUCUGGCGACCCUCUCCGAGACAAAAUCAGUACGUGCUUCACUUGACGCAGGAAAUCUCCGAGUUUUAGUCAGCUCUACCUCCUGGACACCAGAUGAAGACUUUUCGAUCCUAAUCGAUGCUUUGCUCAAAUAUUCCGAGCUGGCUAUGACCCAAUCAACACUUCCUGAAGUCUUGGCCAUUAUCACUGGAAAGGGCCCUCAAAAAAAUAUGUAUCUUGAAAAGAUUGCCGCCCUAGAGGCUUCGGGGAAGCUGAAAAAGGUCACAAUCCGGACAGCAUGGCUCGGUGUGCUGGACUAUGCACGAUUACUGGCGUCAGCAUCUUUAGGGGUCAGUCUCCACACUAGCAGCAGUGGAGUAGAUCUUCCAAUGAAGGUUGUUGAUAUGUUCGGCGCAGGACUGCCGGUGGUCGGCUGGAAUCGCUUUGAGGCGUGGCCAGAAUUGGUGACGGAGGGUGUCAAUGGCAUGGGGUUCGGCACCUCGGAUGAGCUGACAGAGCGCUUAGUCGAGCUCUUUGGAGACGAACAGAAACUGGAGGCCCUUCGAGCCGGCGCAUAUAAGGAAAGCACUCGACGAUGGGAUGAUGAGUGGGAUCCCAUUGCCGGAAGGUUGCUCGGCUUAACGUAA